AAACACUUGUCUCUACUUAUUCGCAUUGCCGCUAUUUCCCAAACCGAACGAAGCAAAAAAGAAUCCUCCAGAAACACACACAGUCUGCGAGUGAAGGGAGAAGAAUGGAGAGGUACCAGAGGGUGGAGAAGCCGAAACCAGAGCAGCCCAUUAACGAGAAUGAAAUUAGAGUCACAGCUCAGGGUCUCAUUCGCAAUUAUAUCACUUAUGCUACCUCUUUGUUCCAGGACAAGCACGAGAAGGAGAUUAUACUGAAGGCGAUGGGGCAGGCUAUUAGUAAGGCUGUGGCCAUUGCGGAGCUUAUAAAGAAGAGGAUCCCUGGAUUACAUCAAAAUAUAUCAACUAGCUCGACAACUAUAACUGAUGCCUAUGAGCCCAUUGAAGAGGGCCUAAAUCCCUUGGAAAUGAAACGCCAAGUCUCUCUAAUUGCUAUUACUUUGUCAACUACUGAGCUGAACAAGAAUUCUCCAGGGUACCAAGCUCCAAUUUUGAAGCAAGCAAAUGAUGAAAAUCAGCAAGAGCAGCAAACCAAUCCAUCUACUCUGUCAUCUGCAGAUGCUGGUGAAGAUAAUGUCCGGGAUGGAAGGCUCAGUAGUGGUAGAGGUAGAGGUAGAGGUGGAGGUAGAGGCCGAGGCAGAGGCAGAGGGCGUGGUCGAACCAGUGGUGGAUAUGGUUACUAUCAAGAAAACAUUGGAUAUCAAAAUUGGGGUCAAGGGAGGGGACGAGGCAGAGGCUGGGGAUACCGUGACGCCGGAUAUGAAAGAGGCAGAGGUGGCGGGAGGGGCAGAGGUCGGGGUUACAGCUAUGGACGUGGAAGAAUGGGUGGCAGAGGACGGGCCGGUGACAAUCAAGCAUAGUUCAAAAAGGAAUCCCCAUUUGCAGUCUAUUGCAGAUGGUAAACAUAUCUAUCAGAAAAAAUGUAUACUGGAAACCUUAAGCAGCAACUUAUUUCUUCACUUUCAGCAACAGAUUUGUCUGUUUGAUUAUAAGAUUGCAGGUUACUGUUCCAUAGUCUGUUUCUUUUUCAAGAGUCAUUUCUCUUGGUCUUGUUUUUCUGCUAAAAUCCCUUCCAUUCCAUGUUUGUAUCAGUGCAAAUUUUGUAAUAACAUAUAAAGAUAAGUUUCA